AUGACAGCUCUAGUGCGGAGAGCCUGGGGUUGGGUCCGGUCAUGGGGCCAUAAGCAUGGGACUCCCUAUGCCCCUGAGACUGUACUAGUCGAGGAAAAGAAGCCAAGCCCCAGCAGAGGAUGGACGUCUUGGAUGUGGAAAAGCGCAGAGAGCAGUCCCGUGGAGGAGUUCUGGGAGGCUCCGGAAAAGAUCCAGCCCAUGGAGGUGGAGGAGCUCAAAGCGGGGAAGCAGGAGGCUGAAGUCCAGAUGGGGCUGAGGUGGUGGAACAAAUGGCUUCCGACGUCCUACAUCCAUUGGCCGAAGACCGCAUCGAGUGCCCCAGUGCAGAGGAAGCGGUUGGACUACGACAUCUACAGGACCCCGCCACCGUCCCCGCCGCCACCCAUCAGCUCUCCGUUUCGCCUCUUUGUCUCCAGCUGGAAUUUGGAGAUAGCCUCCGAACAUUACGACAUCUGCUUCAACUUCCUGCGUCACCUGUUUGACCUGUUUGUGGUAGGCUUCCUCUGGACCAUCUCUACCCCCUCCAAGAUGGUGCUGGAGAUUCUGGGCGUUCAGGGAGCACUGAGGCUGUGGUUUCACGGGAUGGCCAUGUUCCUCGUGGCCACUGUGGGGAUGGCAGGGCUGCUAGGCUUGAUCCGGGAGUAUCUGGCUCAGUUUACACUGGUGUUUGGGAUCAUACAGGCUCUUGUGAUUUCUGUCAGUGUGAAGCAGAGUGUGAUCCUGGGAGGAGUGGAAGAUGAACACCAGCAGCAGCAGGAGGAGGUGAAGGAGAAGGAGAAGGCGGAGGUGAAAAAGGACACAAAAGAGAGCAGGGGAGGCAUCAAAGCAAUGUCUUCUAAAGAAAAGCUCAAGAAGAUUAGCUAA